GACACACUUAACGUGAACUAGAACUGCUGAAUAUCAUAAAAUUAAGUCAAGGAUCUGGUUUAAGACUACAUUACAGUUUCCUCAAGUCUAGCUGUCAGCAUAUAUGAAGGAAGACAUGUCUUCAAUAGCCAAAGACUUGACUAGUAGGGUUAAACUUAAUGAUGGAGUAACCAUGCCAUUAUUUGGUCUUGGCAUGUACUUGUCAGGAUCGGGACAAGGCGGACAGGCAGAACAUGCGGUCAUCCACGCUGUGUCUACUGGAUACAAACUCUUGGACACUGCCGAGUUUUAUGGAAAUGAAGCUGAUGUCGGAAGAGGAAUAAAAAAUGGAGGUGUGAAGCGAGAGGAUUUGUUUGUUGUCACAAAACUAUGGGAAAAUGGCUAUGAUCGAUGCAAGAAAAUAUUCAACAAAAGUCUGAAAAUGUUAGACAUAGGUUAUGUCGACUUAUACCUCAUACAUAGUCCAUCUACGGGAAAGUGUGUAGAAACAUACAAAGCCAUGCUGGAACUUAAACAGGAAGGACUGGUCAGAUCUGUUGGCGUAUCAAACUUUGGAGUCCAUCAUCUUGAACGCUUGAGAGAGGCAGGACUCCCAACCCCAUCUGUCAAUCAAAUUGAGCUCCACCCAUGGCAACAGAAGAAAGAUAUUGUGGAGUACUGCAGACAGAAUGGAAUAACUGUCAUGGGCUACUCCCCAUUAACCAAAGGACAGAAACUUUCAGACAAAUCUGUAUUAGAAAUUGCUAAAAGACACAACAAAUCUCCAGCUCAGAUUUUGAUAAGGUGGUCUGUGGAACAUGGCUUCAUAACAAUACCAAAAUCCUCAGAUCCAGGCCGGAUAGAGCAGAACACAGACGUAUUCUCCUGGAGCCUAGAUCAGGACGCUCUUAAAAUUUUGAAUGGUAUGCCUGACUGGUCAUGUUCCUGGAAUCCAUGUAUAACCCCAUGGAGAGGAUAAAUUGAAAUCUGGAAUUUUGUUGGCAUGAUAGAGAUAAUUUGAUUAUAGCUGU